AUGGCCGAUCUGCAGGGCCGCAAGGUCUUCAAGGUCUUCAACCAAGACUUCAUCGUCGACGAGCGCUAUACCGUGACCAAGGAGCUUGGCCAGGGCGCGUACGGUAUUGUGUGCGCCGCCGUCAACAACCAGACGAACGAAGGCGUGGCCAUCAAGAAGGUCACCAAUGUCUUUAGCAAGAAGAUUCUCGCGAAGCGCGCGCUGCGCGAGAUCAAGCUGCUGCAGCACUUCCGCGGCCACCGCAACAUCACCUGUCUAUACGACAUGGACAUUCCGCGGCCAAACAACUUCAAUGAGACCUAUCUCUACGAGGAACUCAUGGAGUGCGACCUGGCGGCCAUUAUCCGCUCCGGCCAACCUCUCACCGACGCCCAUUUCCAGUCCUUCAUCUACCAGAUCCUGUGCGGCCUGAAAUACAUCCACUCUGCCAAUGUCCUGCACCGCGACCUCAAGCCCGGCAACCUGCUCGUCAACGCCGACUGCGAGCUCAAGAUUUGCGAUUUCGGUCUUGCGCGCGGCUUUUCCGUCGAUCCGGAGGAGAACGCCGGUUACAUGACCGAGUACGUCGCCACCCGCUGGUACCGCGCCCCGGAAAUCAUGCUCAGCUUCCAGAGCUACACAAAGGCCAUUGACGUCUGGUCCGUCGGCUGUAUUCUGGCCGAGCUGCUGGGCUCGCGCCCCUUUUUCAAGGGCCGCGACUACGUCGACCAGCUCAACCAGAUCCUCCAGAUCCUCGGCACGCCCAACGAGGUCACCCUCUCCCGCAUCGGCUCCUCCCGCGCCCAGGAGUACGUUCGCAACUUGCCCUUCAUGCCCAAGCGACCCUUCCCCAUCCUGUUCCCCAACGCAAACCCGGACGCGCUCGACCUGCUCGACCGCAUGCUCGCGUUCGACCCCAGCAGCCGUAUUUCCGUCGAGCAGGCCCUGGAGCACCACUACCUUCAGAUCUGGCACGACGCCAGCGACGAGCCCGACUGCCCCACCACCUUCAACUUUGACUUUGAGGUCGUCGAGGAGGUCGACGACAUGCGCCGCAUGAUCCUCGACGAGGUCUACCGCUUCCGCCAGCUCGUGCGCACCGUGCCCGGCACCGCGGGCCACGCCGCUGCCCAGGCUGCCGCCCAGCAGCAGACCAGCCAGGUGCCCAUGCCGUCGGGUGGCGGGCAGUGGACUGCCGAGGAUCCGCGUCCCCAGGAGUACGUGACACACCCGGCGGGUCUGGAGCAGGAGCUGGCGGGAGGUCUCGACGCGCGUCGGUAG